AUAUCAUUUCUAUUUAAUUUGAAAUUAAAUUUUGACUAAAAAAAUCAAAAGUGAAGGGAGAGAAAAUAACAAUCUCUAGCCCAUGUCACUAGAUUACUCAUUCCCUCACUAAACUAAACGGGCCGGGGACGUGUUUGUUUCCUCAAAUUUCAAACAAAAAACUCGUCUGUUAAACCCCUGAGACCUGAGUUUAAUAUACGCAGGCUCCGAGAAGAUGAGCACUGUAGCAAGGGCUUUGAAUAUGCAGUUCGCCGGCCGAUUCUCUCACUCUCUCCCGAAGAAAGUGUUUUUGGAAGCAUCAUUGUUUCUGCGCGGCGCUUCUGUCUCCUAUGUACGGUGGCGGGGGAUUUCAUUUGCGGCAGCUGUCCCUUCUCCGACUCCUCCACCUCCUCCGGAUUCUACUCCGCCUGAAGUGAAAAAGACGCGCAGAAGGGUCCCCAAAGAGGAGCGCAGAGCUAUGGUCCAAAACUUUGUGGACAAGUAUCGAGCCCUGAACUCUGGAAAAUUUCCAACUCCUUCGGAUGCUAAGAAUGAAGUUGGGGGUUCUUACUACACAAUCAAGAGGAUUAUGCAGGAAAUUGAAUAUGAGUGGAAAAUGACAACCCAGAACAAGGGAGGUGCUCAGAUAAAGGAUACAAAUGUUGAAGGUCUUGAAGCAGUGGAAGUGGUAAGAACUUCAAAUAUAGUCGAAAAGAGUUUGUUGCAUGGCAUGGAUAGUGUUUCAACGAUGGAUUGCAACUCUGAACUUUUUUCAAGAAAAAGUCAUCUCCUAGCAGAGGAAGUGCAGCAAACCUCAGAUUCACAUGGUAACAAAGCAGAGGUUCACCUAAAAGAUAAGAUCACCACUGAAGAUGAUCCAGAGUAUGAUAAUCCAAAGCUUCUGGCUGAUACACAGCUAUCAGGAAUGGAUUUUGAGGAUUCUAAAACCCAACAUAUCAAGGCAGAAAUUGGUUCAGAAAUGGCUGCUGUUGUUGAUAAGACUAUAUUGAAUGAAAUGUCAAGUGCUUCAGCAAGUGAAAGUGAUCUUCUAACAGUGGAAGCUAGGCAUAUUUUGGAUUCACGGCACAUGGAGACAGAGUUUAAUGCGAAGCAGAAAAUCACUGCUGAAGAUGAAUUGAUAUUUGAUGAUGUGAAACCAUUGUCAGGAGUCAAUGUUGAGGAUUCAUGUGACCAACAUAUCGAGGAAGAGUUAGGGCCACAAGUUUCGAUUGCUGCUGAAUGUGCUGCAAGAGAAAGCCACCUCUUAGUAAUGGAAACUAAGCAUCUUCUUGAUUCACAACCUCAGAACACAGAGGCUGACCUAAAUGAGGUAACCGAUGCUGAGUAUAUGCAGAAUUUUGAUAGCACAAACCCACUGGAUAAGCUGCACGAGUCAAUAAGAACAGAAACUUCAAUUCCUAUUGUAAAGACUCCAUUGGUGGAUACAGGAAGUGAUUCAGAAAAUGAUUCUAAAUAUGCUACAAGUGAAAUUGAUCUUCUAGCGGGAGAGACUAAGCAUGCUCUUGAUUCACAUAAUGAAAAGGCAAUGUAUAAUCUGAAUGAGAAAAAAUCUGCCCAAAUUGAGCUCAAAUCUGAUGGUUGGAAGCACCUGGAUGAGGAACAAAAUCCCUCUGAAAUACAAAAAGAUACAAGGGAAUUGCCUAAUGAGAAGGAGACUGUACAGCAUAAAGAGAAUCCUUCUGUAUGGAAAAACCUGAAAUCUUUUGCUGAUGGAAUCAUCAGCUUCUGGAAAAAGCUAUAAACUUGGGUUCAUCAGCUAUCUAGGUGGUACUGAGCAAACUCCAAGAUUGUCUCUCAAAUCAAGGAAUAGCAGAGAU